CCGGGUGCAAAACAGUCAUGUAACUGAACCGUGGGAUAAUAAAACCUAUUCUGAAUCCGAUAUUCCUCCCCCCGCGCGUGUGGCAGCAUGGACUCGCUCGCACAGACCCGGCUGCUGCACGACGCGCGGAGCGACAUGGAGAGAGCAGAGGAGGAGAAACACGCAAACGAGAGGUUGUCCCACCAAAACACAAUAUGGAAACAGUUCCAGGCGAAAGCCAAGCCUCUUCUCAGCCCUAAAGUUGGCAUCAAGGACCACGGCUCCAAGAGGGAACGAGCGAUGUGGGCAUUCAGAAAGAAGAAAAGUGGGGACCACUAUGAUCUGGACAGAGGCAUGUCAUGCUCCCAGCCGGACCUCGUGUUCUCCCCUGCGGACGGGGACGCGAGAGACCCGCGGCUCUGCGGCAAAAUCGAGCUCAACUCCGGCCAACUCUGCGCUACCGAGGAAAGGUUGCAAGCGGCCGCGAAAGAAUCCUGCGCAGGCAGCGGCUCCCAUAGCCCAUGGAAGCCCGGUAGGGUUCGGCCGUGCGAGCCUUCCCAUCACAAGAGCUCCUCUCUGGGCUCGGCGUGUCUGGAGAGGCUGAUCGAGGCGUCGGUCAGCAGCGGAGGUGAAGCGCUGUCGACGCGGAAGGCGCGGGCCAUGGGUGCGUCUGCUCCAUUAGCGGCUAACCCCGACCAAGAGGCUCCCAGCCCGGGGAUGCAUACGCUAGACGUUGAGCUGAGGAGAGGACACAACCUGGCAGCGAGAGACAGAGGAGGUACAAGCGACCCCUACGUAAAGUUCAAGCUGAGUGGUAAGGAGGUGUUCAGGAGCAAAAUCAUCAACAAAAACCUGAACCCCGUGUGGGACGAGAGGACCACUCUGAUACUGGACGGUCUGAGCGAGCCUUUGUAUAUCAAGGUGUUUGACUAUGACUUUGGCCUCCAAGAUGACUUCAUGGGCUCUGCAUAUCUCCCUCUGGACUCUCUGGAGCAGCAGAGAACAGUAGUGGUGACCCUGGAGCUGAAGGACUCCCACUACCCAGACCAGGACCUGGGUUCCCUGGAGCUGUCCGUCACCCUGGGUCCUAAAGACAGCCCUGUGGAAGAGCCCAAAGACUGCAAGCAGCCCAAGGAUCUUCCAAGCUAUCGAUGGAAGCUGUAUUUAAACAGAACCAUGCUGCUCAGAAGGUCUUGGAAACGGUCCACAAAGCAGCAGCAGUCCAUGCGUCUCUCGGAGGUCCACCGGAAGUCCCAGCUGUGGCGGGGCAUCGUCAGCAUCGCCCUGAUCGAGGGUCGCGACCUCAUCCCCAUGGACCCCAACGGCCUGAGCGACCCCUACGUCAAGUUCCGCCUGGGCUCCCAGAAGUACCGCAGCAAGACCAUUUCCAAGACACUGAGCCCUCAGUGGAGGGAGCAGUUCGACCUGCACCUCUACGAGGAGACCGCGGGGGUGCUGGAGAUCUCCGUGUGGGACAAGGACACCGGCAGGCGAGACGACUUCAUCGGACGGUGCCAGCUGGAUCUGUCCACGCUGGCCCCGGAGCGCACCCACCGCCUGGAGCUGUCCCUGGAGAACGUCCCCGGGUCGCUGGUGCUCCUGGUCACCCUGACCGCCUCGCUGCACGUCUCCAUCGCCGAGAUGUCUGUCACACCACUGGACGACCCCCAGGAGCGCGCCCACAUCGCCCAGCACUACGGCUUUCUGAGGUCCUUCUCCAACAUGCGGGACGUUGGGAUCGUGAUGAUCAAAGUCAUACGAGCUGAAGGACUGAUGGCUGCUGAUGUGACAGGGAAGAGCGACCCGUUCUGUGUGGUGGAGCUGAACAAUGACCGACUUCAGACGCACACCGUUUACAAAAACCUCAACCCUGAGUGGAACAAGGUCUUCACCUUUAACGUGAAGGACAUCCACGCGGUCCUGGAGGUCACCGUUCUGGACGAGGACCGCGACCGGAGCGCCGACUUCCUGGGAAAAGUAUCCAUCCCCUUGUUAUACGUCCGUAACGGCGUGCAGAGGGGGUAUGUACUCAAGAAUAAACACCUGACUGGACCCAAGAAGGGCGUUGUUUACCUUGAGAUCGAUGUGAUCUUCAAUACUGUCAAAGCUGCCCUAAAGACGAUAGUUCCUGCAGAAAACAAGUAUAUCGAAGAGGAUCCAAAAGUUUCGAAAUAUCUGCUUCAGCAGAACUUCAACCGGGUGAAGAGGUGCAUCAUGGUCCUAAUCAACAUCGGCUCCUACAUUAACAGCUGCUUCGAAUGGGAGUCUGCCCAGAGGAGCAUCUUGUCCUUCCUGGUGUUCGUGCUGGUGGUGUGGAACUUUGAGCUGUAUAUGCUCCCUCUGUCGUUGUUAAUGCUGCUGGUGUGGAACUACAUCUUCUGCUUGAGGGAAACGACAGACACCUCAAUGGAGGCCAUGUUUGACUGGGAAGAAGAGGAGGAAGAGGAGAAGGACUGUGAGCGUAAGGGAUUCCUGGACAAACUGUACGCCAUCCAGGACGUGUUCCUGAGCGUGCAGACCGCCCUGGACGAGGUGGCCUCCUACGGAGAGAGAAUCAAGAACACGGCGAACUGGACCGUGCCCUUCCUCAGCUGGCUGGCCGUCACCGUCCUGUGCGUGGCCAUGGUCCUCCUCUACUUCCUGCCCCUCCGCUACCUCGUCCUGGCCUGGGGUGUGAACAAAUUCACUAAGAAGUUGCGGAACCCAUACUUGAUUGACAACAACGAGCUGGUGGACUUCCUCUCCAGAGUUCCGUCCGAUGUCCAAGUGGUCCAGUAUCGGGAGCUGAAAGUAGAUCCUGGACAGAGUCCGAACAAAAGGAAAAGAACCAACCCAGGCUAGCUGUGAACACACUAGCCAUGAAUGUAUGAAACUCUGUAAAUAAUAUUUAUUUUUUUAGUUUUGUUUUUACUUUUUUGAGCAAUUUGCUUGUUUUUCGUUUUAUUUUGAAGAACUGCACCUUUUUUUUUUUCAAGCUCACCUUUAAGAAAAGCUGUCCUUUAACUCAUGAGAGUGACUGUAUGUAUUGAAGAUCAUUGUGGAAUAGUUGUCAAAUAUCAAGAAGAAUGCCUAGAAAGCAUGUGUGUUGUUGAUUAUUGUUAUUAUUAAUCAAAUAAUAUACUGUCUACAUUAGUUUGCAAGCACAUAGUUCAUUGAGGAAAUGGAAUGAUUGAUAGAAUGAUUGACACAUGCCAUGCAAUGAUUACCCCGUUGCACAAUACAAUAUGUGGAGUUGAAAUAAGGGCAAGAAUACCUAUGGUACUGUAAAAAUGAAUGUUGUUUACAAUAGUGUAAUAAUAUGUUUACAACAAAGGUUGAUCUAUGGAAGAAAAAGCCUGAUCUGACACAAAGCCAUCUGUAGGUCAUUCUGAUAUUUACGUUAAAAAGGUUUUACCCCAAGGUGUGACUUAAUUUAGCACGCUUAAUAUAAAUAUUCCUGAAUCUAAAGGCUCAUCCAACACCACGUAGUAAGCAACCUUUCAAUUUCUACAUAAUCUGUUUAUUUUGUUAAUGCAAUUAUAAACGAUAUUUCUAUGCACUUUAGCUGAAUAUCUACUCUGUUAGUCUCAAUGUUACGCAUGUACUGACGUCUUCCUUCACAUAUGGCUGCCUCGGUAAGCCUAUGGCGUGUACAUAUUUCAGCGGAGAGAAUGGACCCUAUCCGCAGGUCACCAACAGCAGGGAAAAGCAACUUCCUGUUCCUGUGAUUUAUAACAUUAGGUUGGUUUUAUUUCAUGUCCGUUGCCACACCAACACGGUGUGUGUAUAUUAACCAGACUAGGUGUGGCUAUACUUGAGUACCGCCAUACCGAAUUGGAACAUGCCCAUAAUUGAGGUUAUGAGCUACACCUGUGUUUUUUCUUACGGCGAAAAAGGGCCUGGUUCUUGCAUGAUGUGCACGCUGAAAUGUAACCGGUUGUGGUCUGUGCGUGUCUGUGAACCUACUGUAUAUCCAAGUGCAUUUAUCUGCUAAAGGCUAAACAAGUUUUCGUCUCUGUGUCUCUGAACUGUCUGAAUGCAUGUGAAUUCAGAAAAAAGAUAACUCAAACAAACUGUUUCACCAACAGUACUACAAUGAACGACAUUGAAACGGUCCUAACAUUUAUCUUGAAAAGAUUCUUUACUUAUUUGAUUUAUUGGGGUUAUUUUUGGUUCCUUGUUUAUAUUAUAAUUAUUAUUUUUUGUUUUCCAUAUUUGAUAUGAUUGUUUUAUUACGAAAAUGGUAUGCAACCAGAUUAACUUUCUUGUAAUGUAUAGGACAUCCAUUUGUAUACAAGUGCACAUUGGUCUAUAAAAUAUAUUUAUACCCAGAUCAA